GGCGUUCGCACAGGCCCGGGAUGGAGGCCGCGGCUCGUUCGGGCGGCGGCGGCGCUACGGGGCAGGCGCAGUCGCAGUCGCGCGAGUACAAGCUGGUGAUGCUGGGCGCCGGCGGCGUGGGCAAGAGCGCCAUGACUAUGCAGUUCAUCAGCCACCGGUUUCCAGAGGACCACGACCCCACCAUUGAGGAUGCUUACAAAAUACGAAUACGUAUUGAUGACGAACCUGCAAAUUUGGACAUCCUGGAUACAGCAGGACAGGCAGAGUUUACAGCCAUGAGAGACCAGUACAUGAGAGCGGGCGAGGGAUUUAUCAUCUGUUAUUCAAUCACAGACCGCCGCAGUUUCCAUGAAGCACGUGAGUUCAAACAGCUCAUCUACCGUGUUCGGCGCACUGACGACACUCCCGUAGUUCUAGUUGGAAACAAAUCUGAUUUGACACAACUACGACAGGUGUCCAAAGAAGAAGGUUCAGCAUUAGCACGAGAAUUCACCUGCCCUUUUUUUGAAACUUCAGCUGCAUUCCGCUAUUAUAUUGAUGAUGUAUUUCAUGCCCUUGUGCGAGAAAUCCGUAGGAAAGAGAAGGAAGCAGUCAUGGCAAUGGAAAAAAAAACCAAACCGAAAAGCAGCAUAUGGAAAAGACUGACUUCGCCAUUUCGAAAGAAGAAAGAUUCAGUGACCUGAAGGCGGGAAAAAAAUGUCAACUGCAACAUGUUAACCAAAGCAGUCCAGUGACUACACUUUUGAGCAGCGUGCUUGUACUCCUUUUCUGACAGUGUGUUAAUAGGAAACUUAAUGUUGAGGUGGGGUGCCUUUUACCUUUUUUGUUGGUUUAAAACAACUUUCCCCCUAUUUUGGAAUUUUUAACCUGUGACAUAAUGGUAGUUUUACUUUUCCUUCCUGUCACUCUGACUUAGAUCCAGAAAAUGUCACUGCCAACUUGGUUGCAAAUGCUGAUAAAUAUAAUGUCCCUGCACUUUUGAACAUAUGUUUUGGCAUCUUUGUAUACUGGAAACAGAGUCAUGCAGAGAGUGUUUGACUUGGACCUAGGCUCUAACUUAGUUUUUUAUGGUGGUUUGCACAACUGAGUUUGUUGCUUUCUAGAAAAGUAAUGCAAUACACAAAGCUUACUGAGAUCAGUAUUAAAAGUAAAGUUUACAGAGUGUAGCUGACUCAUGGAAUUGGGCUUGCAGGCAAGAGGAGUUUGUGCUGGAAUUGUCUUGUUCUGAUUACACGGACGUUUCCAGUAAGCAGAAGUAGUAGUGAGCUCCUUGCGCAUGCUUACCUAACGUAACUGUCAAUUUUAAUGCAGUGCACAGUGUCGUUUAGAUUUUAAACAGGUCAGGAAGAACACAGUUGAUGUGCCAGACUUAGCAACACUGCAGAAGUAGUAAUGUUUUCUUACUGCAUGUAACAUUUAUUGUAUUGUCGUAGAGUAUUUUGUGUAACGGAACAGAAUUACAGGUCCUCUGAGGAUCAAGAACUCUGAAUUUCUUGACUUGCAUGUUUAAAAUCUUAUCUGUGAUACUGCACUGGCUAAUAUUUUUACAUUAGGUUUUACAUUGGUUUCUUAAGGAAGUCGGUGCUAUUGUUAGAUUAAAGUCUCAAAUGUCCUGUCAGAAUUUUUUUUUUUUUUUUUUAAUGCUUUGGGACUGCAUUGCAUGGUCCCUUGAAUUAUAGCGAACAGUGAUAAGGUCCAGCAGGGUCCCACAGAACUAGUCCUGACCCUGGUGAUACCCUUCCGGCACAUUUUACAGCAGUUGGGAAGAUGCAAGGGAAGGAAAGGAUUAAUUGGGCUUAGUGACAGUCCCUAAGGAGGAUGAUUGUAUGAGUGUACUUACAUACCCACACAAGCCAGUGGGUAUAUAAGCCUGCACAGUAAACAUUUAUAUUGGUUAGGAACUUGUGUCUUGUUAAGCAUGCGUGUCAUGUCACAAAUCACGUAUGCCUUGUGGUGCACUGCUUUUAUGUCAGAAUUCUGAUUUUUAUGUUUAACUUUAAGAGUUCAUCCAAACACAGAAGUUGCGCUUGACAUGUUUUUUACUUACAUUGAGGCAACUCAGAAAUGGCCCAAAUAAAUUUUUUACAAUUCAGUUAUGUUACGAAUAAGCAAGUGUGACAUAAGCCAAAACAGUUUCACAGGAAAAUAAGUGCCUAAAAACUGGUGUAUAAAAAGAAAGUGUUUCUUUAUCCAAAAAAAUGCAGUGUUUUUACGGCUGAUUUAAUGGUUAUCCAUGUCAAUUGUGUUGAUCUCACAGGGUUGGAAUCAGAUAUGUAGCCUUAGCUUGACGUGUAUUGUGAUUUGCAUUCAGAUUUGGAAAGCAAAGGUGUUAAGAUUCACUUACAAAGGAUUUACUGAGAGCAGCCAGUAUGGCAAAGUACUGAGCCCCCAGGCCUUUCUUUGGUAACUUGUUUCUCUCUUUCUACACAUUUUCCUAGGGUGCCAUGGGAAAUAAUAAGCUUAAGUUUAUUUUUUAUGUAGGAAAUUGCAGAAACUAAUAAUGUCUUUUUCAUAAUUAAUUUAUGUUUUAUAUGUGCACCUGGAUUACUUGGCUGGGAUGGUAUAGUCAGGGAUGAUCCUGCCCUGAGCAUGGGGCUGGACUAGAUGACCUCACGAGGUCCCUUCCCACCUGACUUUCCUAAGAUUCUCUACUUAGAAAAUUGUAUUAAUUUCUGGUUUCUUCUUCCUUGUGAAGUUCCACUGCGAAUCCACCUGUGGUGUGCUAUGCUACUGGAAAACCUACGAAUUAGUUAAAUGAAAAGUUAUCUAGAAAACUUUUUUUUUUUAAUUAACUUCAUGAACAAUGUUGGAUAACUUUACAGUAGCUACUGAUUUACAAUUAGGGCUGUAAUUAUUAAUUCAAUAAAUACUGUCUGUAUCUUUUGGAUAAAAAACAAGGUAAGCCACAUUAUGGAAAAUAUCAGAGGAAAAAAACACAUAAUGGCUCUAAAAUCAAUGGCUAGUUUUAAAUGGAAGAUGAUACAAAACUGUUUUUUCUUGCUUUGCACAGACAGUGAUUUGUAUUGAAAUAGUAACUGGUUUGUAGCAUGUUUAAAACUUGCAGGCUUUAAGGACACAGGCAUCAUAAGCAGAGUUAGAACUAUGCGGGUUGAUCCUCAUUCUGGUUUUCUGAUAAUCAGUGGAAUACAUGUGCCUUGACUGAACCCUUUAACAGAACUCAGUGUUUAUGAUGCCCCGUGUGAGCCUGUUGCUUAUGGAGUUAUUAAAUCAGAACAGCAGCCAGCACUUUGUACAUCAUGUUACUCAACAUGGUUUUAUAUUUGUCAUGCAAAUUUGUACACAAAUUGAUUAUUUCAUUUGACACAAUACAGAUUUUU